UUCAGCCGCUCAGUAGGAGCUGUUGGAUCUGCCAGUGACCCGCAAUCUCAGCCGCUCCUUCUCCGGUCCAACUCUACUCACCAUGAGCAGCCCUGAUGGUGGCUACGCUAGCGACGAUCAGAAUCAGGGAAAGUGCUCAGUGCCAAUAAUGAUGACUGGACUCGGGCAGUGCCAGUGGGCCGAACCCAUGAAUUCUCUCGGGGAAGGGAAACUAAAGAGCGAUGCUGGAUCUGCCAAUUCCAGGGGCAAAGCCGAAGCUCGGAUCCGCCGACCCAUGAAUGCGUUUAUGGUGUGGGCAAAGGACGAGCGCAAGAGGCUGGCACAGCAGAACCCGGACCUGCACAACGCGGAGCUCAGCAAGAUGCUCGGCAAGUCCUGGAAGGCUCUGACUCUGGCAGAGAAGCGCCCCUUUGUGGAGGAAGCAGAGAGGCUGAGGGUGCAGCACAUGCAGGACCACCCCAACUACAAGUACAGACCCCGCAGAAGGAAACAGGUGAAGAGGAUGAAGAGGGCAGAUACUGGCUUCAUGCACAUGGCAGAGCCGCCGGAGAGCGCAGUGCUGGGCACUGAUGGCAGGAUGUGCCUAGAGAGCUUCAGCUUGGGUUACCAUGAGCAGACUUACCCCCACAGCCAACUCCCCCAGGGCAGCCACUACAGGGAACCCCAAGCCAUGGCUCCUCAUUAUGACGGUUACAGUUUGCCCACUCCUGAGAGCUCUCCUCUGGAUUUGGCUGAAGCAGAUCCUGUAUUCUUCACAUCUCCACCCCAGGACGAGUGCCAGAUGAUGCCCUACAGCUACAAUGCCAGCUACACUCACCAGCAGAACUCUGGGGCCUCCAUGUUGGUAAGGCAGAUGCCACAGGCUGAGCAAAUGGGCCAAGGCAGCCCAGUACAGGGUAUGAUGGGAUGCCAGAGCUCCCCACAGAUGUACUAUGGACAGAUGUACCUGCCAGGCUCUGCCAGGCAUCACCAGCUCCCCCAAGCUGGGCAGAACUCCCCGCCCCCUGAGGCUCAGCAGAUGGGCAGAGCAGAUCACAUCCAACAGGUUGACAUGCUGGCAGAGGUGGAUAGGACUGAAUUCGAGCAGUAUCUGAGCUAUGUGGCUAAGUCAGACUUGGGCAUGCAUUACCAUGGGCAGGAAUCGGUGGUGCCUACGGCAGACAAUGGGCCCAUCUCUUCUGUCCUUUCCGAUGCCAGUACUGCUGUAUAUUACUGCAACUACCCCAGUGCAUGAAAGACUCGAUUCCCUAUAGAUCCUGCAGUAUUCACGUACCUCAGUUUUGGGGGCCUAGUCGUUUCAGGCUAGAGAGAGUUUCCAGGGGAAGACCUGACUCUGUGUCUUAUCGUAUUGACUCUCUAAUUUAUGUAAUUUAUUUUACAUACAACGGGGCAGAAAAGUAAGAAAUGAAAUAUUAUCUUCCUUUAGGAUGAGAUAACUGGCUCCAGACUUAAAUACUUACUGAUCAAAAUUAGAUUGAUCUCGAUAUUUUCAUUGAAUGCAAUGUGAAACGGUCUGAUUAUUGUGUACGUGGUACACUGCUUUUAUAUUUGUGCUUUUAAAUAAUUUUUAUACAUUGUUUUUUUUAUUUUGCACUUUUAUAAAUAAACAUUAAAAUAUAA